AUGACUUUCCUCCAAGGCCAGUGUGAGGACGACUGCUACUCCUCCUGCAACUACGGGGGCCUCUACGGCUACCGGGGCUACGACUGCGGGAGCCCCUGUGGCUACCGGGGCUACGGGAGCCUCUACGGCUCCCGCGGCCUCUACGGCUUCGGGGACCGCUACGGCUACGGCGGCUUGUACGGCUACCGGGGCAUCUUCGGCUCCGGGGACUGCUACGGCUACGGGGGGCUCUACGGUGGCUACCGGGGCUUCUACGGCUCUGGGGACUGCUAUGGAUACCCCGGGUUCUACUCCGGCCGCUACGGGUACCCCUUUGGCCGCUACGGCCAGAGGUUCGGCUAUGGGGGCUGCUACAGCUGCUAG